UUUUUCUUUCACUUUGACCGGCGGGCCGGGAGGAAGCUGCAGCCCUUAGGGCUGGUGCAGCUGUCCCGGCCACGCUCCUCCCCCGGGCGGCUUCUCCUCCGGGCUCUCAUGGCGCUGCCUCACCGGGAGCUGGCCCGUGAGCCUGCCCGCAAAACCUGCCCGUGAGCCUGCCCUUGAACCGGCCUGCGAGCCGGCCUCUACUGGCUGACCCCGGGGGAAGCAGUCUCCCAGCCAGGCCACGGUGGCCACCAUGUCGCUGGCGGGUGCCCUGGAGCGGCUGCAGGAGGAGGCCAUCUGCCCCAUCUGCCUGGAGUACAUGAACGAGCCCGUCAGCGUCGACUGCGGCCACAACUUCUGCCGGGGCUGCAUCGUCAAGCACUGCCAGGAGAAGGGUCUGUGGGCCGACGGGCCGUUCUCCUGCCCGCAGUGCCGGGCCUCCUGCCACCGCAGUGGCUUCCGACCCAACCGCCAGCUGGCCAACAUCGUGGAGAGCAUCCGGCAGCUGGGGCUGCGGGGCGGCGUGGGGACGGAGCCGGGGACCCCGCUCUGUGCCCAGCAUGACGAGCGCCUCAAGCUCUUCUGCGAGGAGGACGAGGAGGCCAUCUGCGUGGUGUGCCGGGAGUCCCUGCACCACCGCCCGCACACUGUCUACCCCAUCGAGGAGGCUGCGCAGGUGUACAAGGUCAAACUCCAGAAAUCCCUGGAGCACCUUUCGAAGGAAGCGGAGGACGUGAAGAAGCGUGAGUCAGCGGAAAGGGUGAAAACCCAGGAGUGCAAGGAGACAGUGAAGAAAAAACGGGAGAGGAUUGUGAGUGAGUUCGGGAAGCUGCAUCGGCUGCUGGCCAAUGAGGAGAAGCUGAUGCUUCAGAAGCUGGAGGAGGAGGAGAAGCGGAUUCUGCUGAUGAUUAAUGAAAACCUGGCCAGGCUGGUGGAGCAGAAGUUCUUGCUGGAGGAGCUGAUCCUGGAGAUAAAGAAGACGACGCAGCAGCCGGCUGACGGGCUGCUUAAGGACAUGAAAAGCAUCCUGAGCAGGUGUGAGGGGGUGAAGUUCCAGGCCCCCAAGGCUGUGUCCGUGACCCUGAAGGAAGACUACAGCAUCCCUGAGCGCUGCCUGGGCAUGAGGGACAUGCUGAAGAACUUCAAAGUGGACGUGACGCUGGACCCCGAGACAGCGCACCCCGAGCUCACCCUGUCCGAGGACCGCAAGAGCGUGCGGCGCGGGAGCAAGAAGCUGCUUCUGUCCCUCUUUGAGAACCCCAAGAGGUUCAGCACCGCUCCAGUGGUGCUGGGGAGUCAGGUCUUCUUCUCGGGCCGCAGCUACUGGGAGGUGCAGGUGGGAGACAAGCCCGAGUGGGGCUUGGGGCUGUGCCGGGAGUCCGCCAGCCGGAAAGGCAACGUCCUCUUCUCCCCAAACAACGGCUACUGGGUGCUGCGGCUGCAAAACAACGGCAACUACGAGGCCCUCACGUCACCCGUCUCCCCUCUGACCCUGAACGUGAGACCCCGGCGCAUCGGGAUCUUCCUGGACUAUGAGGCAGGAGAAAUCUCCUUUUACAAUGUGAGCGACCGCUCCCACAUUUACACCUUCACAGACAAGUUUUCAGGGAACCUCCGGCCUCUCUUCUUCCUGGGUGCCUUUUUGGGGGGCAGAAAUGCAGAGCCGUUGGUGAUCUCCUGGGUCAGGGACACGCAGGGAACUGGGUGCGUUGUCCUGUGACGGUGGCUGCCCUGGUGGGCAAAGACCUGGGAGCACAACCAACUCCUCCCGUGAAGGGGAGAGCAUCAGAGAAACAGCUGUGUGCUUUGGUGAGCAUCAUGGCAGGGUCCCCCUGUGCUCCUGGGGUGACCCGCCAAGUGUGACACCACCCCAUGCCCUGCCUGUGCAGUGGGGACAUGCCAUAACCCACUGUACCACCAGUGGGGACCCUGCUGACCACCACUGUCCUGCCACUCAUCUCACGGGUUGCUGGAGAAGGGUGGGCACCCAGCCUGCUGCGUAGUGCUGAUUUUGGUGUGAAUUGUACUGGAACAAAGCAAUAAAGGGUUGAUUUGGGCA